CCGGGCUCGGCGGGGCCCCCCCAUGGCCCUCGGGCGGGCAGCGCGGCGGCUGCGGCUGCUGCUGCUGCUGCUGCUGGCUGGGAGCGGGCUGGAGCCCUGCGCCGCCGAUCGCUGCAGCUGGAAGGGGAGUGGUUUAAGUUGGGAACCCCGUUCCCGCACAGUGGAGCAGGUCCACCUGCGCUGCACCGAGGGCUCCCUGGAAUGGCUGUACCCAGCACGAGCCCUGCGUGUUGUCCUGGAGCCCAACCUGUCAAGCACCAGGCACAUCACUGUCUGCAUCAAGCCAGCGAGUGACUUCCAGGGUGCCAGCAUCUACGUGGAGCGCGCUGGCCAGCUGCACCUGGUGGUGAGCGAAGCCGAGAAGGCGCGGCUGCGCCACGUGUCCUGCUUCAGUGCCCACACACCACAGCGGGUAGCACUUUUCCUGCAGGCCAGCCCGCAGAGGGAUAUCAGCCGCAGGACGGCCAGCUUCCAGUACGAACUGCUGAGCAACCAGAGCACGGCAGGCCCUGACGUCCAGAAAAUGGCCCUUGUGGAAGCGAUGUGCCGUCCUUGUGACAACAUGGAGCUUCUGAUGGCCAUUUGCAGUAGUGAUUUUGUGGUGAGAGGAUCGAUCCGAAAUGUUUCCCAUGACCCUGAAAAUCACAUGUCCCAGGUUGAAGUCAGCGGCCAGAAAGUCUACAGGCAGAAAAACAGAAUUUUCCGACAGGAUGAAGCAACUGGUGAAUGGAGAGGCCCCAUAAAAACCCUGCUGCGGUGCAAGGUAAAGAAAGGUGCUGGAGAUUUCCUGUUCACUGGCAAUGAACAUUUCGGAGAAGCUUGGCUGGGCUGUGCCCCUAGAUUUAAGGACUUCAGUUCUAUUUACCAAACAGCCAGAGAACGGGGAACAAACCCAUGUGAGUUUCAGUUUCGCUGAAAUGCAUGUCCCAAGAGCGCGGAGUAAAAGGAUCGCAGGCUCAUGUUUGGAUGCUGUUCAUGAGGUUCAGCAAAGGCUGAUGACAGAUUUCAUUGGAUCUAGGGCUGGGAGAGCCUCUUGGAGUUUAUGGCUCUAUGAACCUCUCAGACUAGGACAGUGAGGCCGCGGAAUGGUUUAAAUUCAUGAAGUGCUUUGCUUGUAAUUCAAUUACAGGUGCCUCUCCGGCCUCCAGGGGAGCUUCUGAUUUUUUAUGGGACUACUUUCCCCACCCCAGCUGAAGAGUAGCCUGUGCUGUGUGUUAGAGGUAGGAGAUGCCUCACAAAAUCUAGGAUGCCCUAAGUGGGUGUCCCAUUGGUUUUGUAUUUUCCAUUAGCAUUUUUCUCCCCACACUUAUUUUUUUCACUCUGUGCUUCAGUUUUCACUCACUAGCUUCCCUCCCUGCACCCUGCAUGCACAGGGUAAGGAGGAUACAGACUCCAUGACAUUGAGAGUUUGAGUUGAACUACUAAGCCCACAGCCUAUCAGUGGGUUUGUCAGUUUCUGCGGUUUCUCUCUUGGGAAGUUACAGUUCAUUAGAACACCAGCUAACUAAGGCUCUGGGGCAUGAGCUUGGCUGUUUUAAAGCUGUGUAGCACCCAUGACUGCACCAGGUUAUAGCAGCUAAAGACCUUAGUGUAGAUAAGGGCUCUUGUGAUUAUCAUCAUCCUGGUUAACAUGAGUUACCAACAUGAUGAAUUGUCCCAGUUCAGUCAAGCCCUAUAAGAAAGAUACUGCAGGUAAAAACCAUUUAUUUCAAGGCAAGCCUUGCCUGGUAAGGCAUGCAUGGUUAGCCCCCAACCACAUGCAUUUGAAUCACAAUUCACUGUAAGUAGUGGUCGAUGUGUAGAAAGUGAUCCACUGAGAUAAGGUUGUGCUGAAUCUGAGCUUUCUGCUUUGUGAUUAAGUAAAUGAACAAUGUUGUUAACUUAAUGUUUGCACUGUGAACUUCGCUCAGCAAAAAUGAAGUUUUGAGGAACUUAAGUUUCAGAGACAGUUGGUACAUCCCAGAGUCAGCACUCACUCUGCUCUUCUGAAAGUCCAUGCUCAUUGAAUAUAAUUUGUAGGAAUGGGCUUGUCUAAAGGGUUAGUGUUGGUUGGUUGGUUUUUUAAAGUGCAGUCCAUGUUUCCCAGCUGUACUUUGCACUUUCAAACACUGUGUUUGCUGAUCACCUAUGUACUGUAUUUGACUGCUUUGUAUAUUUGGGAACAAAAUUGUACAUGUUGAUCCUAUACAUCAUUGUGUAUUUGUUUUACCUAUGAGUACAAAGGCCCUUAGCUAUAU